UGUAUGUACUUUGUAUACCCCGUUGCAGUGUUCCGCGGCCCGGGCUCCGAGCUUCAGUCUUCAACCGACUCUCCAGCUAGCUGGUCGCGUCGCCUCGAAGCUCCCUUGAGCUCCCAGCUCUCAGAUUUGCUAAGUCAAUACAGCAAGUGCAUCAAAUAAACAUGUCUUCGGGGUUGUACUAUUGCCGACUCGCGAAUAUUGUGAAAACGUGAUCUAUAAUGGAGCGCGAUGGUUUGCCAGAAGACCCGGCGAAGCAAUGGGAGGUCCUUCUGUGUAUCAUCGCCUUCGAAGAAAAGAAGAUCGACCGGCGGCCGGAUGGCGCGAUCGAGACUCUUACAUACGUCUUCAACCAUAAAGGAAUAAGGCACAUCUUCACCGAAUGGAUUCAACAAAUGAAACUAUGCUACGACAAGCAGAUGUCCGAUGAAGAUACUUCAGGGAAAAAUGAUGCAAUCUCCAUACUAUGGAGACAGCGGGGCAAUGUCAAGUUUCGAGCCGAACUGUUUGAGGAGAGCCACAAGUUGUACACAAAGAGUAUUCUGUAUGCGAACAAGGAUGGACCCUUGUACCCUCUGGCUCUUGCCAAUAGGGCUGCUGCAUUAUUGCGCAUGGGAAAGUAUAAGGAUAGUCUAAGAGAUGUGCAACGGGCUCUGAAAUACAAGUACCCACCAGAAAUAAAGCAUAAGUUAUUUCUACGUAGAGCGGAGUGCUACUGCGAGUUGGGACAAAGAACAAAGUGUAUUGAAGCAAUGAGACAGGCUGUAAAGUACAAUGAAAUGAUACAACUUAAAGGGUUGUCUAAAGUGGAUUUUGACAGAUCAUACCGCCAGCUUGAAGAGAAGUUGGUGGAUCUCAAAUAUGACGAGCCACCCGAUGAACUGAUUCUACCAGAUCUCCAUUUAGGAGAAAACGAUGACUUCAAGGCGGCUAGCAAUGCCAUAGAGUUGGUGCGUAAUGAUCAAUACGGUCGUCAUGUGAUUGUAAAGGAACCACUAAAGAGGGGCGAUGUGGUAUUCGCUGAAGAGCCGUUUGCGUCUGUCAAACUGAGGGAAAGCGAACUGCCACAUCCAUAUUACUGUGACUAUUGCUGCUGCAGUGAACCCACAAUGAUUACAUGCAAAGAUUGUUCUCGCAUAGUAUUUUGCGAUGAAGCGUGCUAUUACCUGGCAAGUGCGGUUUUCCAUCGCUGGGAGUGUCCAGGCAUAAGAGCUAAUAUAUUCCAAAUAAUAGGGAUAGCCCACCUCGCUUUUCGGGUAAUGCUGAAAUACGCCUCAAGGGGCUUGCCCAAGCUACCCGAGGGUUCAAUCGUGCCUACCACGGCCGCUGCCCUAUUAGCCGAGUACGACAAAGUGGAUACUAUUGCCGUAUUCAAGAAAGAGUAUCCGACAUUCUAUCGUAUGUACAGCCUUUCGUCGAACCUGGACAGUUCGGCGAAUACUGAUAACAUACAGUAUGCGCUGACGUCCACCAUGCUCACUCUGUAUCUUGAGCAAAACACCAAAUUUUUCGAAUUCUUCCCCGGUCAAGUCGGGUAUCCCUUACCCAUGAGUGAAAUGAAGUUGCUAUGUGCGGCCCUUAUAUUCCGUAGCUUGGGCCAAAUGGUUACAAACGCACAUACGAUCAUGGAGCUUAAUACAGGACAAAGACCUGAUAUGCCUAUACCUUGCACAGCCAGUCCUUGGCGUAAGAUAGGCACUGGAGUAUAUCCCGCGAUAUCAAUGAUGAACCACUCCUGCGAACCGAAUAUUACUAACGUGUUUUACAAAAACACGCUUUACAUAAAAGUGAUUCACGAGAUGCCCAAAGGGACUGAAAUACUCAACUGUUAUGGGCCCCAUUAUGCUCGAGCGUCGACUGAAGAGAGGCGGGAGGAACUCAAAACUCAGUAUGGCUUCAACUGUAUCUGCCCGGCCUGUGUCGACGAAUCUAGAAAGGACUUUGUUUCGCUGUUCUCGGCCUACGCUUGCCCAUCUUGCAAGGGGCCAGUGACCUGGGUGGGCACGAAAAUGUCUUGCCAUCAAUGCCCCAACGAGUUUCCGCUCCAAAGAGCUCAGAAUGCAGCCGAAACUGCUAAUGCCAUGCACGCAAUAGUUAACUGCAAGCGGUGCCAUAAGGAAAUCAAGAUCUGCGACAUAUUUUCCACCUUCAGCAGAGCUCAUGAAUACAUGCACUCAGCUUUGCGCGCGAAAACCAAAGAGGAGCGAUGUGAGCGAAUGGUUCGCUCCUAUCGCUUGAUGCAGCAAGUACUGUAUCGACAUCACGAUGUGCUAAGGAAGGCUGUUGAUGAUUUAGCCAUGUUACAUGCUGCCAUCGGCGAAUAUUCAAAGGCGAUCGAUUUGAUAAAACAGAACAUCCAAAGCUUCGAGUACCAGUUCGGAUCAUUUAGUGUUGAGGUAACAAAUGAAAUACGAAAAAUGGCGAAUCUGAUGCUCGGGCGCAUCAUGAAGUAUUUAGACAACCCGGAGUUAGAUGAACGACAACCGAUGCCAAUCAGAGACUGGAUCCGCGAAACCGUCAAGAUAGCGAAAAAGGCCAACCAACUCAUGGAACUGAACUUCGGCACCUGGCAACCGAUGUACAAGGCUCUGAGAGAAAACGAGGAGGUUCUGGACAACUUGCUUGCAGGCCCUCGAUUCCAUGAUCAUCCGGACUGCUUCAACUACAGGAUUCAGAACCUUAAUAUUGUAUAGCGAGUUAGGUGCACGGUUUUGUAAGAAGGUAAGCCUAGCGACACCCUUAUUCUGUUGACCAAUGCUCAAGAGAAGGUUUUACACCUGUAAAUGAUAAAUUGACGGCAUUCUUGAGGAGAUUCUCCUCAAUGAAUUUGUUUUGUAAUUGUUCGUGCCACGUAACUGUGCGAGUCUGAAGUAAGCCAUUUAACUACGUAAUUCGUUAUCGUUUGAAUUCGUUCAUAUAUUUAACUAAUGUUGGCUGCCGUUGACUUCAAAACAGUCAAAAAGAAUCGAUCAAAACUCUUGCGCAUUAUGUCAAAUGGUUGACUUCAGAGUUACUUAGGUACGUGGAAUAUAUUGAUUUACUUAAUAAGGGUGAUUGAAUACACAAGUUUCAAAUUGGAAAUUUGAAUUUUAGAGAAAACCUUGAAAAAUAGGAUUUUGCAGCUGUCUUGUAAAACAAGCUAACUGGUAAUAUCUAGAAUGAUCUAGUGUGUAUUCAAUAGUAUGAUUGGGAUGGAUGAACCGGAUCGAAUUUGGUAAUUAUUUCUAAAAUUAAGAUGCGUGACUAAACAGGGUUACCUGUCUAGAGGUUCUAGGUUAGACUGUAGUAUAUCUUUUAUUUCAUGAAAGCGAGUAAGUUAUACUUGUGUGUAGUAAGUUGUACAAGAGUCUUACACACUAACCAACUACGGGACGACCACCUUUCAAAUACACACACAGGUAUGGAUCACCCGCUUUUAUGAGAUAAAACAUCAAUACUCAGAAAAAGUUGUUGGAUAGGUAGGCUUUUUUACAGAACCUAAUGUUAUACUCUCUCCUAAUAUAUUUCUGACCAAUGACUAUUUCGUUUCCACAUAUGUGUGGUGAGCAAAGUAGGUGAUGCUAACAAGAUCUAUAUUUAGCCUCGCGCUAAAAUGAAGAAAGUCCAUUUUGAGUGUACGAAUGACUUCCGUUCGGCCGUGUGGUCCCCGGCUAAGAAUAGGACCAACCCCAUUCCAAAGGGUGUCGUAAAAGGCGACUAAUGGAAUAUGACCCGAGGGGGACGCAGACUCCUUGGGUACAUUCUUACCAGCAUACUGCGAUCACCAGGCUAGAGCACCCUGGUGACCAACUACCUCAAAAUUUUGGCUCGAUAGCAAAAUUUUUAAUAAAUAAAUUUUAUUCAAAUUAAGCUGACAAAACUGCACUUUUCGAACUUAAAAACCUAACCCAAAACGCCCACCCUUCAAAAUUUCCAAAGGAGUGGCGCAACAAACUCCCCAGCAACCUAUGAGUUUGGAAAACCAGAAUAUCGAAAAAAGAAAUAAGCUACAGACAAAUAAGAAACUAACCUAUUAUAUUUGGCUUAUUUUAUGGAUUCUUAAAAAUUUUCGUAAUAUUAUUCGAUUGGAAAAUAUAAGAAUCUCAAUAUUUGCUUCACUUGUGCUCGCAAAAGUUAUGAACAUAAGCUAAAGUCUAAAUGAAAAAAGUUUUUAUGAUACGAAAAGCUUCCCAUUUGGAUAUAAAAAGGAAGGCGCUUCGAACGCGUACGAUUCAGUAUUUCGUAAGCACGACUGACUUCGAAAAUAACUAAAACGGGGUAACUAUAGUACCGUAUGGGUACAAAAAAGUAAUUUGGCAGAACCUUUCGUAAAACAUAAUCAUGGGAAAGAAAAACUUCCAUUAGGCACGAAAAAGGUUACAGGAUUGACAGGUUACAGCAAACAAAAGACAUAUUUUCUGUAUAUGGAAAUAUGUAAUAAUGCAUCAAAAUCGAUGAAUGUAAAUGAAAAUCUUCUGAAUUAUAUCUAAAAGUGUGGGUAGGAGGAACCGGUAAAAAAUUUGGGCAUAAAAUUGCAUAAAAAACUACAGAGUGUAAAGUUGGUCUGGGUAGCACAUACAAUCUGCUUAGUUCGCUGGAAAAUUGUACAAUGAUCAUUUGGGUUGAAUUCAGUUUGGGUAACAACAUAAUAUGGAAUCAGCAUAGAGUGACAAUUUGGUCUGAGUGGCUUUUAUCUAUUUAGUCUCGCUGGGUAGAAUCAUAAUGUGGGAUGAUCAUUUGGUUUGGAUAGCGUUAGGCUAACAAUAUGAUAAUAACGUAGUAAAUACCUGGUCUGGGUAGUCGCAUUGGGUAGAAAAAUAGUCAAUUUGGAUAACAAUUGAUUUAAAAAGCUAACAUCUUUGGUAUUAAGUAACAGUUUUGCUACAUUGCGCUAAGGUCCAAAAGUCAAAAUUUAUCCCUAAUUACACUUUCUCAAUACACAAACUGAAAUCUUAAAUUCAAAAUGUCUCCAAAUACAAGUCCUAUCGUCUCUCUCCUCAACGCGGGGCUUGCACCUAUAUCCCAGUUCUUCCUUUGAAAGUAAACUACUCAUCUAUCAUGACACCUCAUUACUAUCUAUUCCAAAAUGACCUUCUAUUCCAACUGGAAGUUUCUUCAAUUUCAAUUCUAACAAGGCUAUCAAGGGAUUUGUUUGCGCAGCAUUGCGCGGGUUCCUUGCAGCGCUUGUUAUAGUGGUAGAGCCUAGCCGUAGUCCCUAGUCUACACUCGACUACAGCUCGCAUUGGGCCGGCUCGUCCGGGGAAGUACCACGCUCGCACAGAAUAUCGACGUGAAAUGGUAACUUCUUCGUUACCGUGUUUCGUUCGGUGAAUGCGAGUUCCGAGGGCCCGCUUUCCUUCUUUCCUCUCCCCUUGCCUUUUUGUUUCCGUCUUAACCUCACCUUUCCUCAUUUUUUCCUUCAAGACUUAAAUGUCUGUUCUUAUAGUGGCAGAGCCUAGCUGUAGUCCUGACUAUAGCUCAUCCGGGGAAGUACCAAGCUCGCACAGAAAAUCGAUGUAAAAUGGUAACUACGUUACUGUUUCGUUCGGUGAGUGCGAGUUCCCAGGGCCCACUUUUCUCUUUCCUCUCCUAACUUUUUCUACCUAUCUAACACCCUUUCCCCCGUGGCAUUUCUUUCUAACAUCCCCUCAAUUAUUCUCCUUUUCCACAUAACACUUCCUAUUCUUAAUGAACAUGUGUGGUUUUAUCAAAGUGGUGGUUCCACGGAGUUCUCCAUGCGAUCAACUCCUUGGAACCAUGCAACAGUUUUUAUAAGAUCUAUUUAAAAUAAAAGCCUUUGGCUUUUAGAGUGGUAGAGCCUAGCUGCAGUCCCUGACUACAGCUCGCAUUGGGCCGGCUCGUCCGGGGAAGUACCACGCUCGCACAGAAGAUCGACGUGAAAUAGUAACUUCUUCGUUACCGUGUUUCGUUCGGUGAAUGCGAGUUCCGAGGGCCUAAAUCUUCCAUCCCUUAUUUUUCCCCUAACACUUCUUUUUAACACGUCACUGUUGCGCAUUUUAAAGAAAAUCUCUAUAAUGAAAACAUCGGUUAAAUAAACUACGUAUCCUCUGCACUAUGAACUUUUUUAUUCUCUGAUGAUACGAGUACUGGUAUUUUUCGCUCAUUAAUGGACUGUGAAUAAAAUUCAAACCUUAUCUUUAAAGCACUAUGACUUUUCGAGGCGUUAAUAUCUCGCCACUGUUUAUAAAAAUCAACUUGAAAUUCUGCAUAUCUACGGGAAAAUGAAGGCGUACGCUGAUACUCUAUAUUCCGGUCCCGAGACUUUUCGGGAGAAUAAACAAAAGACUUGAAAUCUCACGCAGUACGCGUUCAUUUAACUGCAGAUGUGAGUACUGGUACUUUAACUUACGAAAACAAGUUCCAUAUUUUACGCGCUCCCCUUAAUUGGUCACAUCUGUCAGUCCUUGCAACAAUAUCAAAUUAACUUUAAUUCUAAAAAAACCUAUAAGUGCCUACACUGCACAUGUUCGGUUCCCAUAGUGGUAGAGCCUAGCUGCAGUCACCCAUUGACCGCAGCCCGCAUUGGGCCGGCUCGUCCGGGGAAGUACCACGCUCGCACAGAAGAUCGACGUGAAAUGGUAACUUCAUGUUACUGUGUUUCGUUCGGUGAAUGCGAGUUCCGAGGGCCCGAGUCUUCCGCCUACCCCCCCUUAUCACUGCACCGUCUUUGCCACGGUCCCCUUUUUGUUAUCAAACGGUGCACCCCACCUCGCACACUUUCAUUCACCCUUUUUCCUAUAAACGCAGGAAAACUUUUUUCUGACGUAUUUCAAAGGCAACUUACACCUGGUCUUUGUAGUGGUAGAGCCUAGCCGUAGUCCCUAGUCUAUACUCGACUACAGCUCGCAUUGGGCCGGCUCGUCCGGGGAAGUACCACGCUCGCACAGAAUAUCGACGUGAAAUGGUAACUUCUUCGUUACCGUGUUUCGUUCGGUGAAUGCGAGUUCCGAGAGCCCGCUUUCCUUCCUUCCUUUCCCUGCUUAUCUUUUGUCCUCUCGUCUAUCCUUACUAGCCUUCUUUCCUUUAUUCUCUCCCCACCCCGUUCCACCAAUCCCGUUUUCACCUCCGACUAUCCUCAUCUGCACCCUUCCUUGCACAAAUUCUUCUGGGCUGGCUCGACCGGGGAAGUACCACGCUCGCUCACUUAACCAACUUGGGGUGAUGACCUUGUGGUUGGUGACGAGUGCCGGUGGCCCAAAUCUCCUUUCCCAUUCCACCUUCGUUUCGCAAACAGUACUGAUCCUUGCCAAAGGUACAGUUAGUUUGUGCUUAACGUGGUAGAGCCUUCAGCGACUUCGUGUUGUUGAAUAUCAACAUCAACAGUAGUUUCUUCCGCUGGCGUCAAUUCCAACCAUCUUAUCCGUCAGGCCGAAUAGUUCGCUCUUCGGUAAAUGCGGUCCCUUAUUGACAACAGCCCCCUAUUGCCCAGCUCCUUCUGGGAAAUACCAGACUUGCACGGGCGAUAAAUUAAAUAGCGACCUUGUGUUGCUGUAUUGCAGUUGGUGAGUGCGAGUCCCGGUACUUUGUCUUCCUACCUUCUCCACUCUUUUUUACUUAAUCACGGUGCGCCCCUACCCUCUCUCACUCGUACACCUCAGACCUAAACCCACACACCUCACACAUAAAGUAAAUCCUCGAACGCAGUUGGUCAUUCUUCUCCCAAACAAAACUGUUCCUUUUAAGGCUCAGUGCGUUUGGGCGUAUAGUGGUAGAGCCUAGCUGUAGUCCCCGACUACAGCUCGGUUUGGGCCGGCUCGUCCGGGGAAGUACCACGCGCGCACAGAAUAUCGACGUGAAAUGGUAAGUUGAUAUUAUUGUGUGUUUUGUGAGUGUGAGUUCCGAGGCCCCACUUUCCACCCUUAAAAUUCUAACACACACUAUUGGCACUACUAUACUACAAACUUCUCGAACAUUCCCCUAUCGUUAAUUGUUCGUAUUUUGCGGCCUCUCGUGUGACUUUUCUAAACGUGAAUGUUUCUCACUUUUGGAAACUGUCCUUUAUGUAUUAAGAUCUGUGUGCACUCUGUAUCUUCGGGAGAAUGAAGGAGUAUACUGAAUCUCAUUGUCAGCGAACAUCAGCUCAUAAAGUUACACGUGUUACACUUUAUGAUUCCGAAGAUACAAGAAAUGGUGUUUUAAGGACAGCGUUUCGAAGUGAAAGACAUCUCGUAUUUUUGACCUCAUCUAUUUCUUAAUACACGAAUCGGCAAACAUUCCCGGCUGUCUCUUAGACUAGCUUAUCCUUAGCGUGACAAAACCUAGCUGUAAAUACGUUGACGUAUUAAUAAAUUACGAUAGUGUUAACUACCCUCCUACCCCACUCUACUCUCAAU